AUGGUAAAUGAUACAACACAUCACUACAUUUCAUUUUUCUACCUGGUUGGUAUUCCUGGCUUCGAAAAUUUUCACUACUUGAUCAGCAUCCCUGUUUGCCUCCUGUUUGUCUUGACCUUACUGGGGAACAGCAUAGUCAUUGCUACUAUCAAGCUGGAGCCAAGCCUCCACCAGCCUAUGUAUUUCUUUCUUUGCAUGUUGGCAAUGAAUGACAUUCUUCUUACCUGUUCCACGUCCCUGAAAAUGCUUGGUAUUUUCUGGUUUAAUGAACACUGGAUUGAGUUUGAUGUCUGUCUAACACAAAUGUAUUUUAUUCACACACUUUGCAUUUUUGAGUCAGCCAUCCUGGUGGCUAUGGCUUUUGAUCGCUUUGUGGCCAUUUGCAUCCCACUGCAUUAUGCAACCAUCCUCACAACAGCCAUGGUUAUUAAGCUGGGUGUAGUUGGCUUGAGCCGAGCUCUGCUGAUGGUUUUGCCAUGCCCUCUUCUCAUUAAGAGGCUGCCCUACUACACAGGCUAUAUAAUCCCUCAUACCUACUGUGAGCACAUGGCUGUGGUGAAGUUAGCCAGUGCCAACACUUUCAUUAACAGAGCAUACGGAAUCUCAGCAGCCCUUUCAGUAAUAACAUUGGACGUAUGGCUCAUAGCCGCAUCUUACAUAAAAAUCCUUCAAGCAGUGUUCCGGCUUUCUUCCCAGAAUGCCCGCUCCAAAGCCCUGGGCACCUGUGCUGCUCAUGUCUGCACUAUUCUUGCCUUCUAUACACCUGCACUGUUUAGCUUCCUAACUCAUCGCAUUGGCAAGAAUGUGCCUCCAAGUGUCCACAUCAUCUUGGCAAGCAUGUACCUUCUAGUGCCCCCCACAGUCAAUCCGUUGGUGUAUGGUGUCAAGACAAAACAGAUUCGAGAUCGAGUGCUGAGCCUCUUUUCACACUUGAAAAUUGCUGAAUACUAA